CCGUUUUGUUCUCUCCCCUUAACUCUCCCUGUGCAACGUGUCUGGGGAGGAGGGGAGGGGGCGGGGAGGGGAAGGCAGGCAAUGGGAGGGGAGGGGAGGGAGGGGCAGCGUGGAGGAGCUGUCCGCCUUGCACGUUUCCAAUCGCAUUACGUGAACAAAUAGCGGAGGGGCAGCGGGGCCAGAACGGCUUGUGUAACUGCAAACUUGUCAGAAAGUUUAAAAAUCUCUCCUCCUUCUUCUACUCCAGACACUGUGCGCUCUCCGGAACCGUCGUGCGCUGCUCCCCGUCGCCUCCCAGGACUGGGAAGGGGGAGAGGAGGACGGUGCCACGUCCGACGGCCGCCGGGGUUGGGGGCAGGGUCUGCCGUUCGCCCUUGGCACGACUCCCUGCGACCCAUCCCCGCGCCUCGCCCUCCCCCUCCCUGCUCGAAGAGGUCUCCCUCCUUCACGGGAUCUGAGUCCCGUCUUCAUUUUUUUUUUCUCCUAGCCACGUCCUCCACGAGAAGGGACAAGCCAGGGAGCACCAUGCGCUUCGCCUGGACCGUGCUCCUCCUGGGGCCGCUGCAGCUGUGUCCCCUUCUCCGCUGCGCCCCGCAGAGCCCGCGUGAGCCGCCCGCCGCCCCGGGUGCCUGGCGCCAGACAAUUCAAUGGGAGAACAACGGGCAGGUGUUCAGUCUGCUGAGCCUCGGGGCGCAGUACCAGCCUCAGCGACGCCGCGACCCCAGCGCCACUGCCCCGAGACCCGACGGCGACGCCGCCUCACAGCCGCGCACGCCCAUUCUGCUGCUGCGUGACAACCGCACCUCUUCUGCCCAUGCGAGGACGUCAAGCCCGUCUGGGGUCGCCACGGGUCGUCCCCGGCCCGCCGCCCGCCACUGGUUCCAAGCUGGUUUCUCGCCGUCGGGGGCUCGCGAUGGAGCCUCACGGCGUGCGGCGAACCGGACUGCAUCGCCACAGCCUCCGCAGCUGAGCAAUCUGAGGCCACCCAGCCACAUAGAUCGCAUGGUGGGCGACGACCCCUACAAUCCCUACAAGUACUCCGACGACAACCCCUAUUAUAACUACUAUGACACGUAUGAGAGGCCCCGGCCCGGGAGCAGGUACCGACCUGGAUACGGCACCGGUUACUUCCAGUACGGUCUCCCGGACCUGGUGCCUGACCCCUACUACAUCCAGGCAUCCACGUACGUCCAGAAGAUGUCUAUGUACAACCUGAGAUGCGCUGCGGAAGAAAACUGCCUGGCCAGUUCAGCAUAUAGGGCGGAUGUCAGAGACUAUGACCACAGGGUACUGCUACGAUUUCCCCAAAGAGUGAAAAACCAAGGGACAUCUGACUUCUUACCAAGCCGCCCUCGGUAUUCCUGGGAGUGGCACAGCUGCCACCAACAUUACCACAGCAUGGAUGAAUUCAGCCACUACGACCUGCUUGAUGCCAACACACAGAGGAGAGUGGCUGAAGGCCACAAAGCAAGCUUCUGUCUGGAGGACACAUCCUGUGACUAUGGAUACCACAGGCGCUUUGCAUGCACCGCACACACACAGGGAUUGAGUCCCGGAUGUUAUGAUACCUAUGCGGCAGACAUAGACUGCCAGUGGAUUGAUAUUACAGAUGUACAACCUGGAAACUACAUUCUAAAGGUCAGUGUAAACCCCAGCUACCUGGUGCCCGAAUCAGACUACAGUAACAAUGUUGUACGCUGUGACAUUCGCUACACAGGACAUCAUGCCUAUGCCUCAGGCUGCACAAUUUCACCGUAUUAGAAAGAGGCCCACCUCCCAAUGGAUAAAGCAGUACCUGGUGGUUGGACAUAUGAAAACCAUAGAUUAGCUUAAGUAGGAAGGAUUUACAUAUUUUAAAAGGCAAACAGAAAACAACAAAGAAGGUUUUGUUUGGACUCUUUCACAACAAAUCACAUAACUGGAUUUUGAGUGUUUAAAUCAGCAUUAAUCUGGCAAAUUUUAAAUACUUAUUCAUGCUGUUUUAUGAAUUAACGGUGUUUCAAUUCUGUGGGUGCAUAGUGGGCUCUUUCAAAGAACUCUGAAUUUCUUAUCUUCUUUUGAAAUUGUAGUGCAAAAGAGAAAAUGAUAUUUUAAUGAGUGGGCCACAAUUUGAACUGAUUAUUUUCUAAAGUGCUGAAAUCAGCGAAACAAUGAUGAUGCGCUUAUAUUUGCCUCAACAUAGACUGAUUUUCUAAACGGUGUUCCUAUUGUGUGAACAGAAAUGGAUAUACGUGGUGCUGAGGAAGGGUCAAACACCUAACUCUUGUAGUCACGAAAGAUAGCUCUACAGCAGAAAGAUGACGAUAUAUGUAUUCAGAUAGUUACAUCCCUAUAUAAAAUUAUGUUUACAUUUUAGAAUUACUAGAUAACUUUCUUUCUGUUAAUUGCUUAAUUUCUCUCUGACUUGAGUCAACUUCUGUUUUGGAGUGAAUUAGAUAAUUCCAAAUUCCUGUUUGAUACUUGUCGCUAUUCCCCCCUGUCCCACUAUGCUUAGUUUUUCUGUGGACAGAAAUGUUUAAUGUGGCAGUCUUUACAUUACUAUUGUGAAGUUUAGAGAAGUCCUUCCGAUGACAGGUGUGAUAAACGGGAAGCUAACAUGCUCUGUGCGUAUUUUACUGUUAGCUGGAAUUAAGUCACUGCUGACACAGCAAUUAUACAAUGAAUCUCUAAUAUCACAAGCAUCUUUCAAAUACUGUAAAAAAAACAAAAUACUGGAAAACCUUUUUAAUUUUUUUUCAACUCUACUACACUUCUGAAAUGUUCAGCUAUUAGGGGGAAUGUUAAAUUUAUAUAUAUAAAACCACCAUAAUAGAUGACCUACUGGGUGCAGUGCAGGGCCAUCAUCCUAGACUCUUCAGGAAUUAGUUGUACACUUUUUUUGCGUAUUUACAAAAUCCAACCCAAAUUAGCGAAGCACAUAGCAUUGCAUACUUGAGAGGUUGGCGAGCAAGAGAAAAUCAGGUCCUUUCUGCAAAAACAAGGACUGUGCGCCACAAUGAGACCGCUGUGACCUUACUUAAAACUGUGAAACUGUGUACAGCAGUAGAAUUUGGAGACUCUUAAAUUCAGAAGGUGCAGAAAGAAAUAAAGUUAGACUUUUCUUGGUGCUUACGCUGAAGUUUUCUUUCAUUUACCAGCAUUAAAAUCUCAAGUAAGGUAUCUCCUGUGCCAGAACGUGUCAGGUAGACCUUUCUAAGUGAGCUGGAAUCCUGUCUUAUGUGUCAUAGAGUUGUAAGAGCUACAGUUACUAAUCAUCAUACUGAAUACACACUGCGGCAGAGCAAGUGGUGGGAGGGACCAGAGAUGGGCAGUCGCCAGGGGCGGACAGUGCGGUACACAUAAUUCUCAUCCACCUGAAAGCACACUCACACAUAAGCGAAUACAGACAGAACUUUGAUUGAGCUGGUGUCUUAUCGAUAGGAUUGCUUCUUUGAUGUACCUCUUUGCCCUAGCUAGCAUUUCAGUUUUGAUACUGUAGAAUGAUCCUUUCAAAUUAUAAUCAUUCUGAUAGAGAUAUUUUAAUAUACGUGCUUUUAAAAACAAAACAGAAACUACUGUCAGUAUGAAUACUGAGCCACACUGGCAUGCCUAGAUUUAACACCUUGUUUUACUAAGAUUUUUAACUAUAAAAAUAAUGUGGCUUUUAGAUAUGUAGAAUAAUAAUUUCAAUGAGACCGUUAUCUCUUUACUCAACAUUAUGUUAGAGACAGUAUAAGCCAGGCACUUACCUGCUACACAUUGGAAAAUAAAGUGACUGUCCCCAACCUUAGUAAGUAUGAAAAUUAGGCUCACCUUUUUCAUUCUUAACUGGUAAAAGUGUGUCUACAGAAUUUAAAAUUUAAGUACUACUAUCUGUCAUGGCCAUUUUUUAUUUUCCAAAUAUUAAGUUAAAAGUUAUUAAUGAUAUACAUGUAUGUAUUUCUAAUAAUUAAAAUGCCUUUCAAAUCCAUGGAAUGUCUUCCUUUUAAAUGUAAUUUGUCCUUUUUGUUUGAUUUUUUUUCAUUUAAGUGGCUGUUUAUUUGUAAACAUAUCUUUUCUUUCAACGAUUUAAAAAUACUUUAAAACCUAAAUUUAAGCAUUUCCUAUCUUUGACCCUUGGGAAUCUGUGUAGAAUAAUGAUAAAAAUCCCAAGCUUGUCUAACCAAACUCUAAAUUUUUAGAAGUACUAAGUGAGAAUGACACAAAGAUCACCAAGGAUUGAAAAGAAGCUGGGCUUUUUACACUAACAAAGGCCAUGAAGGAAUGGGAGACAGCAUAGUUAAGUGUACUCUUUGACAUCUGAGUAGUAUCAUGAUAUGGAGCCUGCAGACUCCAUCUCCAGUGGGACCAUGGUAUAGCUUGCCUAGUUCCAGAAAAUUUUCUUCACAUUUUAUGUAAGAAUUUAAUUACAAUUUCCACCGAAUUAUUCCUUAGGCAUUCUUUGUAACAGUAGUGUGUUGCUCUUUAAAAUAUUAACGUUAGACACAUGUGUGAACAUCAUUCUCUAUGUUCACUAAAAUUUCCUCCCCCCUGAUCAUUAAUCUUCAGCAGAUUUUAUGAAAGUACUGAAUUCUUAGUCACAAAGUAUUCUAGAAAUAAUUUUGCUAACAGUAUAUUAAGUAAUAAAACUACCCACUUUGUGUAUGCUUCAUUUUUUAAUUCACAUAGACAGUAUUUUUAAAAAUCAAUGGCUUAAAUUUUAUUCUGAGUUACUCAGAGUCCUAGCCAACCUUUGAACACAGAUUUUGUUAGCCUUCAAAUUUAAACGGUGCUGAAUUGUCUUAACUUGAAUGUAAAAUGGAUUAAGGCUUAGCUCAUGGGAUACAAACAUUUAAUGUAUGACUGCUUUCUGUGUGCUAGGGGACACGUCAUUUGCUGUUAAAUUGUCCAUAAUAAAGUUCAGUUUCUCCCA